AUGGCAUUAAUCAAGCUACUUCUUUCAACCAGUCUAUUCCUAGCGGUACUAGAAACCGUCCAUGCAGCCUGUGAGCCGGAGAUAUCAUUCCCUGUUCCAAAUUAUGGGAAGCAUACUUUGCGAGAGCCCCUGAGUGAUAUUACCAAGAAUCUCGACAGCCUCAUCAACGCCGGAGACUUUGCCAAAACGUCUUUUUCCUUGGAGAUUUCGUCCUCGAGCAAAACUCUUUAUACAAAGUACCACACCGAUAAGUCUCUAGGUGGUAGCCCAAUCAAUGGCUCCUCGGUGUACCGGAUCGCUAGCGGCACGAAGCUCUUCACUGCUUUGGGGAUUCUCAAGCAGGAAGCUCUUGGGAAGCUAAAUCUUGACGAUGAAGUUACAAGAUACGUCUCUUCACUGUCCACUGGAUCUAGCAAGAUCUCAUGGAAAGGCAUCACAAUUCGAUCACUGCUUGCACAUGCCGGUGGAUUGCCAGAUAACUUUGGUGAUGAAGAUCUACUCCUCACCCUGGCCGAUCCAUCUAUUAUUGGAUUACCUCCAGCUACCGCGGCCCAGCUCCACGAUCUUCCCAAAUGUGGAUUGUAUAGCAAUUGGACUAAUUCAUGUACCACUGCUGAUUUGAAUCACGACCUCCACCAAGUGAACCCUGUAUUUGCACCACAGAAAGAAACAUCAUACAGCAAUGUGGGCUUCAAUAUUCUCGGAGAGAUUCUGAGCAAUGUCACUGGUCUCAAAUACGAGGACUACAUAAGCACAUCCAUCUUGAACCCUCUCGGUAUGAAAGAUAGUACAUUCGAGGUUCCCGACAAUUCUGUGGCCGCAAAUGCCGGGCCAGGCUCCUACUGGGAUUUCGAUCUGGCUGUCGGUAUCCCUUCCGGCGGAAUGUAUAGUAGCUCCUCUGAUAUGAUGAAAUUCCUUCGAUGGACCCUCAAAAACCACGACAAGAUUACGCCCACGAUAAACUGGUUCCAGCCCAGUGCCUGGAACUCCGGCUCGCACUCGCUUCUUGGAUAUCCCUGGGAGAUUUUUCGGAGCACGGAGAUUCUUCCCAAUACUCGGCGCCCGGUGACUUUCUACACAAAGGGCGGAGGCUUGGAAGGAUAUUACAGCUACAGCAUCAUCAUCCCGCAAUAUGACUUGGUUAUUUUCAUGUCCGUUGCUGGUGAGCUCGCUGGGUUGAGUAACCUUUACACAAAGGUCCUCAAUCCACUUGUUAUUGCAGCGGAAUCGGAAGCCCAGCGUCAGCUAAAGGACAACUAUGGCGGUGUCUACGUCUCAACGGAUAAGAAGUUGAACUCCUCAAUCACCUUCUCUCAUACCGAUGCCAGGGCCCUCCAUAUUACAUCCUGGGUCUCCAACUCGACAGAGGUUCUCGCCGCCCUGGGUAGUUUUGUCUCGCAAAAGGCCGGUACGACGGGCGAUCUCUACUUCCAAUUGAUGCCGACUUUCCGCACCAAACGAUCUUCCGAUGGUCGUAUUGGUGAUAUUUGGCGAUUCAUCAAUGUUAUUGAUGAUUACGACCAUCCCAUCAAUGCUACAACUGUCUGGAAUGACUACUGCGUUGUCAAUAUCGAUCCCAUAUCCUACGCCAAUGUUCCCGUGAAUGAGCUUGUCUUUUGGAGAUCUGCUAAUGGUUCCAACUCGGGUGUGGAUGAGGUGACACUUUCUGCUUUCCGCGUAACGUUGCACCGCAGCUGA